CAGAACCAACAACAGAACCAACAACAGAACCAACAACAGAACCAACAACAGAACCAACAACAGAACCAACAACAGAACCAACAACAGAACCAACAACAGAACCAACAACAGAACCAACAACAGAACCGGCAACGGAACUAACAAUGGAACUAACAACAUUGGAAUCAAUAACUGAAUCGAUUUCAGUCUCAACUGUUGAGGUAGUAAAUGUCAGCAUGACAACAGUGACCACACCAACACCAACGGAACUGGACACGAUUGAGACAACAAUAUCUACAACUGUCGAUUCCUUUACUGAAACAAUUGUUGACAGUCAAACACAAUUAACUUUAACUCCAUCAGCUGAAAAUCUCACUUUGAAUUCAGUCACAAUUUCAAUUAUUGAUCCAGUUCUUGAGGAUGACAAUCAAAAAGAUGAACUAAAAAGUGCAGAUUUGAGUAGUAAUUUAUUUCAAACCUACAAAUUGUUCACUAACGAACAUUAUUAUUUUGCUUCAAUCCUUGGACUUGUGGGCUUAAUUGUUGUCACAAUUAGUGUAACAUCGGUGAUCUCAUAUCGUAAACGACAAAACUAUCAACCCAAGAAUCAAGACUUGACUGUUUCAGCAUCUCGAGAUGGAGUUGAAUUAAAUACAAUAACAAUUAAAAGACAAACUCUCAGUAAUUAAAAUUGAAAUAAUAAAAAAACAAUUGACUGCUAAUCUUUAUUAACGUAAAUUUGAUUAUCAAAUUAGAUAAUUGUUACCCUCUUGUUAUCAGUUGAACUGCUAAUUUAUUUAUUUAAUUUAUCAAUUAACAACUGAUAAACUAAACGGUUGAUUAACUAAAUUGGGUAAAUAACUAAUCUUGUGAAUUAAUUAAUCACCAAAAUUAAUUGCAAACACAAGAGUACAACAAUCAAGCAAUAAUUGAACCAUUAAUAAAUUUUAGUUUAGUUGAUUAAUCAAAAUAAAAAAGUGAUUCUUUUGGUUUGAAUUUUCAGCUUCGAGAUGAAAUUGUAUUUUAUUUUAAUUGUUGCUAUUUUAAUUGAUUUAAAUUAUGCCAGUGUUAGAAAAACAAUUUACCUGAGCGAUUAUCAAGAUAGUCCAGUUCUUUGUGUAAGCCUUUCUUAUUUUUUUUCAAUUAAUAGGUACUCGAAUCUUGGCUCUUUGUUGAUUUUUUCAGAAGAAACUUCCUGGAAUGGACAAUCAGUUGAAACUUUGAUUGGAGAAAUCUCGUUGGAACGAGAAUCAGCUCUUAAUUGGAACACUUUUUCAAGAACAAUUCAUUUUGAUCGAUCAGGUAUUUAUCGAAUUAUCGUUAGACAGAAACAACCAAAGGACGUUCAAGAGAUUGUGGUGUCAUUAGAUGUCACAUUGAAAAAGAACCAGUGUCCCAAUGAAUCGCCACACGAGUAUGAAACUGUCCAACCAACAACAAUCACACCACAAAUUGACCAAUCAACCAAAUCUUAUAUAAUUAAUCCACCGGUCAAACUGAUAACCACAAUAAAUCCAAUUGAAUUAAAGACUGAAUUUGCUUCAACACAAUCAAUUGAAUCAACUACAGAAUCGAUUACCGCUUCGAGUGUCUUAACAACAUCAACCAACGACCCUGGUACUCAUGUAACACAAUCAAUUGAUUCUCUAGUGACAGAAUCACUAGAAGUAAGUACAAAUUACAAUCCAACCGCAAGUCAAACCAACGAUCCCUUGAUUUUACCAUCGACGACAAUUACCUCACAAGUUGACCAAUCAACCAGAUCUCAUACAACCAAUAUACCGAUCGAUUUGAUUAGCACAUUCAGCUCUUUGACACCAACAAUCGAUGGGCCUAGUGCUCAUUUAGCAACAAUUACCCCACAAAUUGACCAAUCAACUAAAUCGUGUACAUCACCAGUCGAAACUAUUACUACUUCAAAUGACCUAACAGCGACAAGCAACUACCCUGAUACUCAUAUAACACAAUCACUUGACUCAUCUGUAGUGACAGAAUCACUAGAAAUAAGUACAAUCGAAACUUUGACCUCAACUUUAACACUGACCACCUCUAACUCAGACAUUAUUGUGACCUCUACGAGUUACAAUCCGACCGCUAGUCAAACCAAUGAUCCUUUGAUUUUACCAUCGACAACAAUUAAAUUAACCACACCAGAGUAUCUCGAGCCAACAACUAUCGAUGAUCAGACAACUCACUCCAAUUAUGAUGAUAAAGUGACCAAAUCUUAUACAGUUAACCCGCCGGUCAAACCGAUAGCGACACUAAAUCCAAUUGAAUUAAAGACUGAAUUUACUUCAACAACUAUCGACCCUAAAUCUCAUGUAACACAAUCAAUUGAAUCAACCACAGAAUCAGAAAAAAUGAUGACCGAGAUGUUGACAACCUCCAAGUCGGACAUUAGUUUGACCACAACCUCAGAGUAUUUUAAAUCAACAGUAAUUGAUGACGAAACUACACAAUUAACAGAAAGAACAACAUCCAAUCACAAUCAAGAAAUCACAUCAACAACAAUUACAAAUGAAUCAACAACGAUAACAGUUAACAAUUCAACACAAAAUUUACCAAAUGAAUCAACUAAUUCUGAUAACAAAUCCAAUGAAAAUGAUAAUCUGAAUACAAAGACUGGCAAUUUAGCAGAUGAUUUGAUUGUUACAAUCAAAUUAUUGACGAACAAACAAUAUUUAAUUUAUUCAAUCAGUACACUAAUUGGACUAAUUGUCAUAAUAAUUGUUGUAACAAUUAUAAUCAAUCACUUGAAACAAGAAACAUGGAAACCAAAUGAUUCCAGUAUUUCCGCUGAUCCAUCAGGAAUUGAAUUAAAUGUAGUUACAUAUCACCGGCGGACAAUUAACUCUAAAAUUUUCAAUGCCCUUUCUAUUAAUCGUAAAUCAAAACAACCAAUUAACGAAACUGUAGUACAAUUUAAACAAUAAUCAAACUAAAAAUGUAAAAUUAAAAUGUUUAAGUUUAAAUUAACACAACUGAUCAAUUUAACCAUCAGUUACAAUCAAGGUUUCAAAUGAUUUGAAUCAAUUGUUUAUUGUUGAUCAUGAUAUUAAUAUUUAAUUGCACCAAAAAUAAAAAAUGUUUAAUUUU